GGGGCCGGGCCUAGCGGGACUGGGCGUAUGGCACGGACGCGGGCGGGCGCACAUGCUGCCUGACUCAGCGAACUCUUGCCACAUGGCGAGGCCUCUCUCCGUCCCGACUUCGCACCCGCGGCUCCCUUAUUUCCGCUCGUCCUGGCUGCCCACCCGCGCCUCCCCGCGCUGUCGCUCCGCCUUUUGCGGGCGCUGCUGCCGAAGAUCUUCGUUGGCGCUGUUUGUUUCUACCUGUCGUUGCUGUUGCCGAUCGCGAUCUUCUGCCCGCUUCUCUGGUUUCCAUUAACCCUCGUUCCUGCCCAGCGGACAUUCACCCGGCGGGUGGGCAGGGCAGGCGCCGGGAGCCCGCCCGCCCGCCCGCCCGCCCGAGGAGUGAGUCAGACAUUUGAACGCAGGCU